UUCUCCACCUCUAGUUGCGCGUCAUUUUAGAGCGUGAAUUUUCGUUCGAUUCGGUAAAAUAACGAAAAAAGCUAAUCAAUAAUAUAAGUGUUUUACAAAAACGAAAUUUUGCUAAAUGAUAUAAUGUGCUGACUGAAAGUGUAUAACUCCAAAACUACGCUGAACUACGAGUAAAUGAAAAUUUUAGUUUCUCUGUGCCAAAGAAUUUACACACACACUCACAUAUACAUACAUACUUACUUACGUGCAUACACAUGCAUAUAUAUGUAGGUACAUGUGUAUCAAUAGCUGCUUUAAGAACUGAAAGCCGGCUCAGCGGGAGGUAAAUUUUGCAUACGCGUGAGAUGUGAGGAAAUGCCGCGCCGGCAGCAGCAGCAGCAGCCAUAUCGAUGUCGACAGCGUCAAAGUCAGCGUCAACCAGAAGCAGAAGCAGCAACAACUUUAUCUUUAACUACAACAACAACAACUAUAAUAUAUAAUACGAGAGCCAGCAUAAUUAAAUAAGUGUCAGCGGAUCAACUGAUCUGAUAAAUUAAGUGCAAAAAAGUGAACGCAGUGCGAAAAAGAGCGUCCGAAACAAUUAAUUAAUUAAUUCAUUUAAUCAAUUAAACAACAACAACAGCAUCAAGCAAGCAGAGGAGGCGAGCGAAAGUUUACACACCAAGCACAUCCAAUAAACAAAAGUGAUUAAAUCGCGAGUUUUUGCGAUAACCAGAUACACAAGCGAACAUACAAAUAUAAAUAUACAUAUACAUACAUAUAUAUAAAUCAACUACUAAGAAACGUGCAGCAAAAAUGAAGCGACGCAAUGCGGAUUGUGGCAAAUUGCGGCGGCCAAUGAAACGGAACAAAAUCACAGAGGGCAUGUAUGGCAGCACAACUGUCUUAUACAUGAAAUUCCUAAUACUUUGGGCUAUUGUGAUGGUAGCCGACUUUAUGUUUAUGUUCCGAUUUGAAUUCUUAUGGCCAUUCUGGCUGCUCCUUCGCUCCGUGCACGAUUCCUUUAAGUACAAGGGACUGGCAUUUUCCGUGCUAUUUGUGUGUAUUGCAAUAACAUCGGAUCUGGUGUGUUUGUUCUUCAUACCCGUGCAUUGGCUGCUCUUUGCGGCCAGCACAUAUGUCUGGGUGCAGUACGUCUGGCAUACAGAUAAGGGCAUCUGUUUGCCGACUAUAAUACUCUGGAUGUUGUUUGUCUACCUGGAGGUGGGCAUUCGAUGGAAAGACAGUCGCCAUAUGCCACAUUUGGAUCUUUGCCGGCCAUUUGCCGCCCACUGCAUUGGCUAUCCGGUGGUUACGCUUGGCUUUGGCUUCAAGAGCUACGUGGGCUAUCGCAUGCGACAGCGGAAGCAACGUGAGGUGGCCAAGGAGAACGAGUUCUAUAUGCAGCUGUUGCAGCAAGCCUUGCCCGCCGAGGAGGCCACGGAGGAGGCUCAAUCAGCGGCACAGACAGCAGCGCCUGUCGUCACAUCGGCGGCCAGCGGUACAGUUGUUGUUGUGGCAAAUGGCACAAGUGGUGGGCCAGCAGCGCUGGCAGCCGCAUCGUCUGCAUCGCAGGCGGCAAAUGGUGUAUUGGCAACAGCGACGCAAGCACAAAACCAUCACGAGCAUCAUCAUAGCGGCGGCGCCGGCGCCGGCAGCAGCAGUAGCAACAAUAGUAAUCACCAACAUCAUCAUCAUCAUCACAAUCACAAUAACAACAAUAAUAAUAAUAACAAUAGUAGCAACAGCAGUAGCAGCCAACACAGCAAGGAUGGCAAUAGUAAUGGCGACAAUAGCACAACGACAACAGGCGCCACAUCAUCGUCAUCGGGAGCCGCCAGUGCGGCAGCAUCGUUAUCGUCGCCUGCAUCAUCCGUAUCAUCCACAAACACAUCAGGCUCAACGUCAGCCAAGCAAUCGAAUGCGACCAGCUUAGCAGCAGCAGCCACAACAGCAAAUGGACACGCUGGUGGUGGCUCAAGGAAUCAUCGUCGCAGCAUGGACAAGGACAAGCAUCGCAAUAAAGGCGACACGGCCGACAAUGAGCACAACAACGGUAGCACGAGGCAUGCUGGCGGCAAGAAUAGUAGCAACAGCAGCAACAGUUAUCAUCAGGCGGAUGGAAAUUCGACCACAACAAGUAAUAACAGUAAGGAGAAGUCAGACUGGGAUAGUGGCAGCAAUGCCAACUAUCAACAACAACAACAACAGGGGGCAAAGGACAAACAUGGUGCAUUGAACAACAAAAAAGUGCUCAAUGCAAAACAAAUUGAUAGCGUCCCCUUGUCGUCUAUUGCAGACAAAAAGGCGCACAACAAUGCUGUCAGCAAUGGCAACGUUCUGCAGUUCGAUACGGACGAAACGGCUCCGACCGUUGAGGCAACGCCGCAAGUAGAGAAGGCGUCUAAAGGACGUCGCAAUCGCGGUAAGAAGGACAAUGCAGCCAAAGACAAUCAGAGCCAACAGCAAGCACAACAGCAGCAAAAGGAUAGCCCAGCAACUGCUGCUGCUAGCAACAGUAAUGGAAACGGUGGCAACAACAAUGAUACCAGCUCGGUGUCCUCGUCAGCUAGCUCCACAUCGAGCAAUGCCGCCGCCGCUGCCAUUUCACAGAUUGCCAGCAAAGUAGUAUCCAAGAUAUGCGAAACAUGUCUCAAGCUCGAGGCCGAUGUGAAGAAAUAUCGCGCCGAAAUAAGCCAUAUGAAGCAAAUUGAGAAUGAGCUGCGUCAGAAGCUUGAUGUCAACAUGACCAGCAAGUCCAGUUUGCAGGCCAAGCAAAAGGAAUGCGACGAGCUGGAGAAACGCAUUCAGGAGCUGAACAAUGCACGACAUGCCGAUAUGCUCAGCCUUCAGACUGUCGAGCGUCGUCUCAACGAAGAGCGGCGUCAGAAGCAAUCGCUAGACUCGCAGUUGGCUAACGAGAAGAAGGCACGCAAAGCGGCCGAGGAGAAGGCAGCGCGUCCCGAGUGUAGCUCGCAAUGCAAGCAACGGCGCCAGCAAAUUGAUGAGGAGCUCAAACGUGUGCGCAACGAUCUUAAACAGUGUGAAGAAGCCAAGCAGCUGGCUGUCGAACAUGGUCGCAAAUUCGAGCAGGAGUAUCGUAUGCUGGAAGCCAAGGUGCGCAAUCGGGAGACCACACAGGCAGAUGCUGAGAGGCUGAUGAAUGCACUGGCCAACAUACAGGAGAAGAACGCCAUGCUGGAGAAGAAUCUAUCGGCAGAGACGAGAGUUAAGCUGGACUUGUUCUCGGCUCUGGGCGUGGCCAAGCGAAAACUCGAAAUAUCUGACAGUCAUCGUCGUUCCAAGGAGGAUGAGGUCAUUGAUCUCAAGGCAAAGAUAGCACAGUUGUUGGCUGUUAUGCCGGAUACAUUGUGCUUAAAUACGGGACCGCACGGUCCCGGCGGCAGCAUGCUGCGCAUGAACGAUACACCUCCGCUACAACCAGGCGGACCGGGCCCGUCCUCGCCAAUGCUCAGCAUGAGCGCUGCUCAAGAGUAUCAACAGCAUCAGCAGCAGCAGCAUCAACAACAUCAGCAGCAGCAACAUCCACAUCAGCAACACCAACCGCAUCCACAUCAGCAGCAACAGCAGCAGCAGCAACAACAACAGCAGCAACAGCAGCAGCAAGUUGUGCCAGUUUCCCAACAGCAACAGCAGCAACAAAUGGUGCCCGUGAGCGUGGCAGCUGCAUUGCAUGUGGCCGCUGCUAAUGUCGUUAAUGGUGGUAAUGGUCUCUCGACGCUGGAUCCCAAUGCUAGCGUUUAUACGCCGAAGGCUGGUAACAUGAUGGUGGUUACGCCGGUGGGCAUGAAUCCCAAUGGCGCGGAUGCCUGACGCCAGCAGCAACAUCAGCAUCAACAGCAGCAGCAACAACAACAACAGCAGCAGCAGCAACAACAGCAGCAGCAGCAACAACAGCAGCAGCAUCAGUCGUCGGCGGUCUCCCCAUCGGCCGCCCCAUCCUCACAUCAACUAAUGAGACGACAAGUUUGAGAUUAUUAUACAUUAAAAAGCAACAGCAAACAUCAAGAGCGACAGCAAACCGAUUGAUUUCGACUACAAUAGUCAGGAGACAGACGGAGCAUGGAGCAGAUAGCAGUUUGCAUAUGAUAUGAAUGAAUGUCCGUACUAAACAUAAGCAGUUUCCUUUUCAAUUAACAGUAUCACAUAGAAAACGAACACAAUUUUCCAAAUACCAACAACCAACUACCAAUUAACAAUAAUUCCCUUGAACACACAUUCAAAGUUGUGCAUUGCCAAUACUGAAACACUUAAAUAUUGAUAUAACUGAUUACUACAACUAGUUUGUUGAUGGCAUUCAAAUUCCGAACAUAUGCUCAAAUUGAUUUCAAAUAUGCCAUUAACUCGAAAGUCCCUUUAAUUGUGGUGGCUUAAAGCGUAAUCAUUCCACCAUAAUACAAAUAGUAAUCAACUUUAAUGCAAAAAAACUUUCAACGAGGAAAUCUCAAUGUAUCCUUGGCAUUCAAUUGUCAACUAUUCGGUUCUACUUCCGCCUCCAAUUAUAAAAAGAAAAAACACAAAACACACAAAUGAAACACUUGGCAAAACACUUUCUGCGAGAUUUUGAUUUGAUUUCAUGAAAUUUUAAAAAUAAUAAGAGAAAAAUGCAAAAAAACAACCAAUGUGAAAAUUUUUGUAUUUAACUUAUGGAAAAAGAAUACAAUCUUUUUACUACUUAUUACUAUUAACAAAAAGCUGUGACAGAGAGAGAGAGAUAUAGAAAGUUGACCAACUUUAGUGAUGGCCUUUGAAUUUGGCGUAAAAUUAUGUUUGUUUAUUUUUUGCUGCCAAAUUUUUGUGCUGCCUUCUUUCAAUGGAAUUUUUGAAGUCUGCGCCCUUGAUUUAUUAUCUCAUUAAAUUAUUUUUGUUAUAAACUUUAAUUGUACGCCUAUUAUUUAGCUAUUAACUAUUACUUUUUGGAAGAAAAACAAACAAAACGAAAACCAAUUCUCUUUUUAAGUUUUAAUUUAUUUUUGCUGUUCCUAAAAAUCGAGAAAAAACAAGUUGAAAAUGCUUGAAUUUAAUUUGCGAUAAAAAUGAAAAAAAAAUGACUAAUUUGUUUAAUAAAAAAAAAAGGAAUCAUUUCGCUGCGUGAAGCUAGUAAA